AUGACGGAGUUGGUUCCCGAAGCAGAGGUAACAUUUAAUUGUGGCUCCCCUUCCUUUCCCUAUGUACGCGUUUACCGUUGUUUCAAAACCACUAACAGUGGGAUGUUGUACCGCCUCGAAGACGACAAGGGUCGAUGGGCAUUCUACAACGAUACACCGUUAACCGUAUUCAACGUAUAUGUUAAGUUUAAUGCGGACUCGGUUGUGACUUCGGAUACUGAUGUGGCUCUGGAAAUGACGCAGGGAGAGUGGGAUUACUGGGCUACAACUGUGGUUCUUCCGGGUCACACGCAGCGCUUCGUUGAAGGGACCAUUUCCAGUUUCCUACUCAAUUUUGCCAGUGAGGGAGAGUUGGCGAAGGAUGUCACAUUUGUCAAUGGUACACCCACAGUGGGAUAUGACCGAGUGUAUCGCUGCUUCAAGCAGAACGCAAAUGGGAUGUUGUUUCGCCUCGUAAAGGUGGAAAGGCCAGGUAAUGAGUGCGUGUGGAACUUCUACAAUGAUAGUCGGGAGCUUAGUGUUGAAGUGGAACUCACCCUAAUCGAAAAAGAUUCCGCAAAACCACUCGGGGAUACGCAGGUUAUUCCUCCUCCUGAUGGGGUUGGCGUGGCACUGUAUAAGAUUGUUGUUCCGCCCCUGAAAACUGUUCCCUUCUUGCGUGGGCACCCGCGUUUCAGCAAACAGUCGUACGUGGCGAAAUCCAUGUAUGAUGAAAAUAUGCUAGACGCAUCAGAGAUUACUUUCGAAAAUGGUCAACCCGAUAGGGCAGUUAUCGACUACCCACGCACCAAAGUGUUCCGCGGGUUUAACAACAACGGCAACGGUCUCGCCUUCCUGCUCGUGGAUCCAGAAGAAAAAAAAUGGGCAUUCUACAACGACACAACAAACUACAACGUUACGGCAACAGUACGUUUUGCGGCGGGUAGCGUCUACAAGGCAGCCGCUAACACGCGUGUGGAAGUGGACCCAGCUGUCGAGGGCGGCACAGUGUGUACCAUCACGGUGAUGCCACUCGCGACAGAGCUUUUCAUAACGGAAGGAAACCCAGAGCAGUAUCAAAUAUCCUUGUCGGCGGAGUGUUCCACGGGACCGAAACCUGAAGAGAAUCCUGAUUAUCAAAAUGGCCAACCAGACACAAAAGUUAUGCUUCGAUGGGAAAAGGUGUAUCGUUGCUUCAAAAAUCGUGGUAAUGGGUUGCUUUUCCGCUUAGUGGGUGAUAAUGAUAGGAGGUGGGGCUUCUACAACGAUACGACAGAUUUCAUAUUCACAGUUACUGUAUCCUUCGAGAACGGAGAAACAGUGAAGACGCUGGGGAAUACGAGUGUUUCAGAAGAUCCCGAGUUAGGGAAGGUAUUUACACUGGAGGUGGCACCCCUUUCUACGGAGGUAUUUGUUUUUGGGGAUUUGUCUGGAUACAAAACAAGGUUUGCAGCUCGCAGUGUUCGAUGCGCGUAA